AUGUUAGCAAGCACUGGACAAAUGACCAGCAGCACAGUCUUCUCGCAUCUUUUGGAUAAAGUUUUCUCAAUUCCCCAAGGGCAUCCGAUUCGGCUUAGCUUUGCUCAGCAAGGGUAUGAUACCGUGGAAGACCUUCUCGGUAUUUGUGAGAAUGAACUUGGUACCUUUGGGUAUGUUCCUCCAACAAGCUUGGACACCAAUGACAACCCCCAGUGGACCCCAUUGCUCAUGGCACACCGACAGAUCCUUCGCCAUUUUCUACGUUGGCAGGCCUCACUUGAACGGAAAAAGGGAAGUUCUUUAGACGAUUCUGAGCUCGUUGAGUUGACCAGUAGUGACUUUGCCUUCUAUAAACGGUCGGCACUUGGCCAAGUUUCAAGCGUAUUGACCACUACAACAUCUUCUUCGAGCGCCCCGGGCAUACCUAACAAACCUUGGUCGGUUUUGAACGGACAGAAGAAACCUGUUUAUUGUAAAGAAGAUGCAACUACCCUGUCUGUCAACAACACCAAUGCAAUCACGUACUGUUCGAGUGUACAUUCUGCAUUGAGAUCCGGAGCAACCAACCUUGACCUUAUGCCACAGGAUGGGGAGAGUAUUCCUAAACCCAUCAGCUUUGUCAAGCCCCUUGGAACUGAAACCAACAAUUCCUGUGCCUUUAAGGGUUUACCUGGUUUCACUCCUGACAACCUCAUUGGAAAAACUUUUCUAACCGACAGUCAGGAUGAUGGGGAGCUAUUUCGUGAACGGCAAACUUUCCCAACUGAUACUCAGGAUGAUGGGGAGCAACUGGACUUGUAA